AUGGGGGAUUGGAAUCAGACUCCGGAUGCGAAUCCAUUUACCCAGGCCGGGGCUCACACCUUGACUGCUUUCGACGGGGACGCCUACAUCCCCACUCGUUGGGAGGGACGUGCCAUCGACUAUGGUGUUGUUUUGGACAACAAUGAUGGUGUUCUCUUUGGCGAGGAGUUCCCUUCGCAGGUCCAGUUGGGUGAAGAGAGAUUUUCUGAUCAUAAACUGGUGUGGCUAAAUUUUCCUUUCCUGGCUCAACGUUCGGAUGGCCACACGUUGGUGCCCACCCGCACUCUUUGCAAACCGUCGGAAGCCACAGAGGAGCAGUGGGUUGAAGCCUUGGCGUCGGCGUGGGAGGGGAGGGUCGCUCCCCCUCACUCAACUCCUGGAGCAGAAUGGCAGGCCUUCAAUGCUUUGGCGGAGGAUGCUCAAAUCAUAGCAAUUGAAUCUUGUGGUGGAUCCGUGCCUGCCCUCAGCCACUUCCGGAAGAAGGGUUCUUUGCCUGUUUUCAGGUCUGCUGCGGACUCCCGUAUGGCUGCGCAGAAGAGGGGAUCUUAUUGUGAAAGGUCCCUGCUCAGAUGGAUGGGCAGACUUGGUGAGGCCCUACGUCUUCUUGGUGCUGGGCGUCAUUGUGGGCAUCUUCUUCGGCAAGUCCGUAGUACCUGGCCUGAACAAAUUGAUCGUGAUCUCAGUCUUGAGGAGGCCCUGCAAGCAUCCCAGGCCUUGUGGGAGGAUACCAAACGUCGACGCCGCAAAGACGGUCUUCGCCGGUGGCGUGACAAAAUGCUGGCCCGAGGCAAGGCUUGUACCUCUUGGCUGAAGGAAAGUUGCCAGCCUACACCCGCUGCCAUUAUUAAACCUGAUGGGACCUGUUCAUCGUCGAUCCCGGAGGCCUUUGAUCAGUUGGACGGCUUCUGGUCAGCUGUUUGGGGUCGCAACAUAGAUUGCGAAGAGCUCCAACGCCUUCGAAGCGGACAUUUGCAGAGAGGCCCUGAGCACCGUGAGCAUGCUUGGAGCCUUACACCCAGUGAUUUGCAUCGCGAGGCAGGUCUGAAAAAAGGAGGGGGCGCCAGUAUAGACGGGUGGCACGGAGACGAGAUCCAUGCUUGGCCUCCGAAAGCCUGGGACAUCUUCUGGACCCUUUGGAACCGCUGGGCUGAGAAGGAUGAGUGGCCUCCCCAACUCACCCACUACAAGCAGAUCUUCUUGCCUAAGGUUGCUGUAGCGCAUGGAGGCGUGGCUGCUAAGGAUAUGAGACCCAUUAGCAUUCAAUGCGUGCUUUGCAGAGUAGUGGCAUCCGCCAUGGCAAAACAUCCUGAUGUGCAAGCAUGGUUGCAAGAGAUUGUUUCGUUGGACGAGCAUGGGGCGGUCAAAGCGCGAGGCGUCCACACUGCUUUGGCUCAUCUCGUUGAAGAUUGGGAGAAUGAUCGGGCCGUUUUGGUCUCCCUUGACAUGUACAAAGGCUUUGACUUUGCAUCCCCAGAACUGGCGCUGGGCAUUAUGCAGCACUACGGAGUGCCUCAGGCUUGGCGCAAUCAUUUUGCUCAUCUGUGGCAACACCAACAUCGUUGGCUGCAACUUGGGCAGUUUACGCAUGGCGCAGUGAAGAAGGUUGAUUCCAGCCUUCCCCAGGGCGAUCCCUUCGCCCCAAUCGCUUUUGUUCUGCUGUUGCAAGCUGCAAGUUCUGAUCUACACCGGCGGUGGGAUGUUCAAGGAGCAUCCCAAACUCUUUUCAUUGAUGAUCGCAACAUCAUAGCAAACGGCCCUGGGCAGGCAGUGGCGGCCAUUCAUCAUUGGAACCGGUGGACUCGCAGACUGGGACUAUCGGAGAAUGAGUCGAAGCUCACAGUGGUGGCCAAGCGAGUUGAAGAUGAAGCUGCUCUUCUGGCCCUGGGCGUGGAGGCGGCUAACAUCGCCAGUCAGGCGCGUGUUCUUGGCGUGGACAUUCUCCAGAACAAGGGCGAGGUUCCUCAAACCUUGCAGCAGAGAUGGGACAAAAGCAUUGCAAUUCUUUCUCGGAUCAAUGUUCUCCCCGUGGCGCCAGUUGUGAAAAGCACGCUGGUGCGUUCACGAGUAGUUCCUGCACUUAUGUGGGGUCGUUUCUUGCGCAACGUCGAUGAGGAGGUGAGCGAUAAGCUUGGCAGCCUCAUCAAGGUGGUCGUCAAAGCUCAUCGGGCUGGCUCACGGGCUCUCUGGGAGAUACUACAGGGGCACUGGACUAGCCUUCGAGUUACGGCAGCUCAAUCCAGUUUUGCUGCGCUUGCACGGUCGCAGAAAUUUUGGCGGGACAAUGGACGUGUUCUUCAAGGUGGAGCUUGGUACAGGGAGCUCUGCGAGGCCAUGUACAGCCUAGGAUUCCGACGCAGUCCUGGGGGUUUCGAAGUACCUGAGGGGCGAUCCAUCCGUUGGCCUUGGAGGCCUGCCAUGGGUCCAUUUGAGUCGUGGCUUCAGCGGUCUUUGCAUGUUUUCAGGGAGGCUUGGCGCUCCUCGCGGUUCAGCAGCUUCCUUGAGAAGGACAGGAGGGACAGCACGCAUCUCCUGGGACAGGUGCGAUACAGUGAGCGGAUCCUCUGCAAGGCUCGCAAGCUUUAUGCCUGGGGCACACAGUCAGUGAGGAUGACGUUCGCCAUCAUCGCGGCAGCAAUCAUUUCCGGAGCAGUGGUGGAGCGCAUCCGCUUCUCUGCCUAUGCCAUUUUCAUCGUUGUCUGGGUAUUGGCCGUCUACGUCCCGCUGUGCCACUGGAUCUGGGGCGGCGGCUGGAUCGCCGAGAUGGGCGCCAAGGACUUUGCGGGUGGCACCGUCGUCCAUAUCAGCUCCGGCACCUCCGCAAUUGCGCUGGCAUCCUUGCUGGGUGAGCGCAAGCACCGUGCUGAGUCCUUCCCCUCAAACCUGCCCUUUGUCAUCCUGGGAGGAGGCAUCCUGUGGCUUGGGUGGACUGGCUUCAACGGCGGAUCCGCGUUCGCUGCGAAUGGCGACUGUGCGCUGGCCAUCGCAACAACCUACGUUGCAGCCGCUGCGGCGAUGGUCAUGUGGAUCACCGUGGAGCGCAUCCUGGACGGAGCCCCAACCUCCAUCGGCGCCAUGUCCGGUGCAGUCGCCGGACUUGUGAACAUCACCCCUUGUGCCGGCUUCGUGGAGCCCUUGGGCGCUUNNGCAGCCCGCGGGCUGAAGAAGCUGAACCUCGUGGAUGACAGCCUCGACUGCUUCAGCCUCCACGGAGUCGGUGGCUUUGCUGGUGCCAUCCUUGGUGGUUUCUUUGACCUUGAGGAUGGGCUCAUCUACGCCGGCGACGGCCUGCUGCUGGCCAAGAACGUGGCCGGUGCCGCCUUCGGAGUGGUCUACUCCGCAGCCGUCACCGGAGUGAUCUUCUUCAUCAUGCGUCUGGUCAUGCGCAUGAGGGUCAGCGAGGAGCAGGAGCUUGAAGGUGUGGACCUGCAUUGCCACUCCGAGGUUGCCUACGGCAAGAACGAGAACUCGGGAAAGCCCAACAGCUUCGGCGAGCACUCCCAGCGCUUCAAGCCCGAGGAGGGCCCAACGCUCCUGACCGGCUCUGCGGCCACGUCCGCUGAGAAGCCGACGGAGGUCUGA